AUGAGAGUUUGGGGACGAUUGGGUCGCGAGGAAAUGGGGAUUUUCUCGAAAAACAGUGGGGAUUUUCCAGGCGUUUCUCGAGAAAUGCACCCGCAAGGAGAAUAUACAAAGAGCACUGGGAGUGGUGGGAAGAAGAGGGGCCCAGCUCAACUGCGGGUUUUCAAUUUGGGAAAUACUUCACCCGUGCCGGUUUCAGACCUUGUGAGCAUUUUAGAUAGGCUCUUGAAGGUGAAGGUCAAGAGACAUAUCAUGAAGUUGCCACGAAAUGGGGAUGUCCAGUUUACUCACGCCAAUAUCAGCUUGGCUGAGAGGGAACUUGGUUAUAAGCCCUCAACGGAUCUGCAGACGGGCUUGAAGAAGUUUGUGAGGUGGUAUCUCAAUUACUAUUCUGGUGGGAAAAAGGCUGCCGGCUGA